AUGAAAUCAACUUUUCUCCUUCUCAUCUUGUCUCUUUGGCUCAUCGCGGCCUUCGCAGCACGACAAGACCCCUCGUCUAAGGAUCAGGCGGGAGGUUUCAUGGGCCCGGGAUCCGGCUUCGGCAUACCCGGCAUACCCGGCUACGGCGGAGGCUAUGGAGGCUAUGGAGGCGGCUACGGCGGCCCCACCGGAGGCCGUUCCACGCAUGGCGUCGUGCGCCCCACCGUCGUCUGCAGUGACAAGGGCCCCUGCUACAAGAAGAAGCUCACCUGUCCGGCCAAGUGUUUCAGCUCCUACGGAGGCUCCGGGAAGGGAUAUGGCUACGGCGGCGGAGGCGGCGGCUGCACCAUCGAUUGCAAGAAGAAGUGCACUGCUUUCUGUUGAUGAGGAGAUUAUGUCUCUCCCCUCUCUCUAUAUAUAUAUACAAUAUGUAUAAAUAGUUGGUCACCGGAUUUACUUGUUGCCAACGCCCUACUCAUCUAUAUAUACAUAUAAGCCGUAGUUGGACUCAUAUCAUAUUCCAAUUCCACUGUAUAUUUGCUGCUUUGAUUUUGUUGCAUUUGCAUGUCACAAACCUUAUGCAGUGAAUUUAGGGCUUCAUAGUUUUCUCUAUGAUCUAUCUACCCUAUAUAAUAUCGCUAUUUCACUAA